GGAAAACCUUCAAAAUUCUAGUAAAAUAAUGUCUGAUCGCAAAAGCUUCAAAAUUGCGGCAAUAUGUGCAAGUAAUAUGAACAGGAGCAUGGCUAUACAUGAAGUCCUUUUGAAACAAGGAUUUUACGUUAAAAGUUUUGGAACAUCCAAGAAAAUAUGUAUACCAGGAGAUGGCCCUAAUUUAACACUACUAUUUGAUUUUGGAACUACUUACGAAGAGAUCUACAAUCAACUUAAAAUAAAGAACUAUGAAGUCUUUGCGAAGUUGGGUUUGUUAUCCCUCUUGGAAAGAAAUAUGAAGAUAAAAGAAAAAGCUGAAAGAUUUCAAGAUCACAUGGAAAACUUUGAUAUAAUCAUAGCGUGCGAUAAAAAAGUGUAUCACAACGUGUUAGACCAUAUGGAUAAGAAGACGCCUACAGACUUUUCUACUUGUCAUGUUAUUAAUGUGAAUAUGGAAGACAGAAUUGAUAAAGCUUGUAAAGAUGCCCUUUUUGUGGCCCACUUAUGCAUGGAGUUUAAAAAAUGUAAAGAUUUAGAUUAUGAUAUCAAAAAGAUUGUAAAAAAGUAUGAAAAAUCUGGAAAGGAGUUUUCUUAUAAGCUAACUUUAAAUUGAAUACCGAAUGCAAUAUACCUACUCCUAUAAUUUGUAAAUACAUUUUAGUUUUUAAUUCGUAAUUAUUGUUUUAAAUAAAUAACUUUAAUA